CUCUCUCUCUCUCUCUAACUCUUUGAUAGCCUCCUCGAAGAGCUAAUUAACAGCGGCGUUGAUUUGAUAUUUUCCGACGUAGAGAACCCUAAUUUAUACAAAAACCUCAGAACCGGCUCUGAGAAAAAACAUAACAAUGUGGAAAAAAGUGGGGUUUCAGAAGAGUGGUAGCGUAAGCACCAAGACACCCAAAGGAAACGAUCAAAACGAAUACGAUUUUCAGCUCCAAUCAAGUGAUGAUGAAGAAGAGGAGGUGUUAAGAGUACGGGCAGAACAAAUAGGAUCCAUUACAGAAGCUGAUGCUGGGUUAGAAGAUGAUAGUGAAGAUGAAGAAGAUAGAGACAGAGAAUUAACCAUGGAGAUCAAAGGAGUUGAUGGAGAGCUUCCACCUGGAUUUGAAGAGUCUCUAGCGACAAGUAUUGCUAAUAAUGGGACAGUUAUAAUCACACAAGACACAGUCGAGCCAGUUAAAAUCAAUAAAUCGAGGGCAGACGCAAGGAGAAAAGGAGAGAAACGCAAGCACCAGCAGAAUGAUCAAGUUGAUAUUCAGAGUGAGGAAAUGUUGUUGAAACUUCGAGCUUCUCUACAAGGAAAGUUAACAAGCAAUGGAGUUUUUGGUUCUACUGUUUCAAAGUCUGAUAAAGCUCAAAAACGUCAGAAAUUAGCUUAUAAGAAGCUAGAGACAUCCGACGACUAUGAUGAUAAUGACAUGGUUGAUAGUGAUGGCAAAUCAGAAGGCUCGGAAGAUGAGUUUUACAAACAAGUGAGACAGAACAGAGAAGCUAAACGAGCUGCCAAAGCAGAGAUCUAUUCAAGGGAACCAUCAUCGACCUUUUCAUUACCAGAAAGCGUGGAUGGGAAACGUUUGAUUUCAAAUGAGAUUUGAGUAACAGAGGAUUGACUCGACAUCGCAACAAGGACAAAAAGAAUCCGAGAAAGAACUACAGGGCAUAACACACUUGGAUUGCUAGUUUGUCCAUUUUUAGUUUUUUUGCCUCAGCUGAGAUGUUUUGGGGCCUUGGUCUUGUUUGCAGGACAAGUACACGGACAAAGUCAAGAGACGUGGAGGACAAGUUAGAGAAAUCAGGAAACCUUCUGGUCCAUACGGAGGUGAACGUUCAGGUAUCAAUACCAACAUAAGCCACAGCAUCCGUAUCAAGAAUUAGCCUCUUCUUCCUAUCAAUGUCAUAUUUCUUCCUAUCAAUGUCAUAUUUUUCUUCUUUGUUUUCUAUCUUUUAUUGGAUCUCCUACUUUGCA